UCAGCAGGGCGACCCCGCGUCCCGAAACGCGCGCACCCCUCCUUGCUCCAGGCGGGACUUCCUUUCUCCUGCGGAUGCGUUCGAGGGAUGAGGAGCGGAGAGAAAGGGCUUGGUCGGGCUGUCACCGGUCUGCGUGUGCGCCUCUGGACAGCGGAGAACUCGGACGCCGCCGCCGCCGCCGCUGCUGCUGCUGAAGCCCCGUAGAUGAGUCUCCUCCUCGGCUAUGCUGUCCUGAGAGCGCCGCGUGUUCCCGCCCCGCCACCAUGUCCGAUGUCCACAAGACUGUCCAGAAGUGGCACGCCAGCUUUAAGAAAGCAACAGACUUUGACUCGUGGGGACAAUUAGUUGAGGCUAUAGAUGAGUACCAAAUUUUAGCAAGACAGCUGCAAAAGGAAGUCCAGGCCACAAACUCAGCAGACUUCACAGAGGAGCAGAAGAAAACGUUAGGAAAGAUUGCAACAUGCUUGGAAAUGAGAAGUACAAGUCUGCAGUGCACGCAGUCCAAGGAAGAAUUCAAGUUAGAAGAACUGAAGAAACUGGAAACCAUAAUCAAAAAUAUUCUGACAUACAACAAAGAGUUUCCUUUUGAUGUCCAGCCGGUGCCAUUAAGGAAAAUCCUGGCUCCAGGUGAAGAGGAGAACCUGGAGCUGGAGGAGGAGGAGGAUGCAGCAGCAGGAGCAGGGUCCACAGAGGCGUUUCCCCCGAGAGCUCCUGGUACCCUGUUGCCACGGUUACCCUCUGAACCAGGGAUGACGUUACUCACGAUAAAGAUCGAGAAGAUCGGGCUGAAGGACGCCGGGCAGUGCAUCGAUCCUUACAUGACCAUCAGUGUGAAAGAUGUAAACGGUGUCGACGUGAACCCAGUGCAGGACACACCUGUGGCCACCAGGAAGGAGGACACCUACAUCCAUUUCAGUGUGGACAUUGAGAUCCAGAGACACGUGGAGAAAUUACCGAAAGGAGCGGCCAUCUUCUUUGAAUUCAAGCACUACAAACCCAAGAAGAGAUUUACCAGCACAAAGUGUUUUGCCUUCAUGGAACUGGACGAGAUCAAAGCGGGACCCAUCGUCAUUGAAUUGUACAAGAAGCCGACGGACUUCAAGAGGAAGAAGCUGCAGCUUCUCACCAAGAAACCACUUUAUCUCCAUCUUCAGCAGACGUUACACAAGGACGGCUAAGUCGUCCCGAGGGAGCGCGACAACCAGAACUUUGCACCUCCGCCGUUCUCACGCGUGCGUCCAGAGAAAACACAGUGUUCACCUCAUCGCCGCAUCCAGCAAUACUUUGAAAUCCAGGCUGCUUUUUUUUUCUUGAGCAUUUGAUGAAAAGUGAAGGGAACUGAGCCAAACAAUGACCACAUCAGCUCAAGACUGCCAUGUUAGUUUUUUUUCAUUUUUCAUCUGUAGCAGGAAACACGUACACACUUCACCUCAAGUCUUCCUUCACUCUUUCAUUGAGGUAAAUAAGGGACACAAAUCUUUGCCGGUGCUAAAUUUGAGACGAGGCUUUUUGGAUGAUGAGACUUAAAACACUAAAAGAAUUGAUGGCCAACAAUUUGUUUUGCCAGAGUUUAAAAAAAUGACACGCAUGUUUGCCUCAUCGUCCAACCACCACCACCAGAGGAGCGUUCUUGAGUUCUCGGGCCUGUUUAUGGCGUCAUGAAAUAUGAUCACAUGAUAAAUCAGGGCUUUUAAAUAAAAAAACAACCCCACUUUUCUCAAAUUAGCAUUUCAAAUUACACAAUAAUUACAUCAGAAAAGUCAGUCAAUUAAAACGCGUCUACAUGUCAUAUUCAUUUCCAUUUCCGCGCUUCCUCAAUGAAUGAAUCUGCGGCCAACAUACUUUUUUGAGUUUUUCACCCUCUCACUUCCAUGUCACCUGACGAUACAUGGAAAUAAAAAAAUAAAAAAUUCCCCUUCCCUUACCUCCGCUUUGGUCUCCACCGUCAUCUGAGCUGUAUAUCGUAGUCUUCCACCGCGUUCACCAGCAUCGUGAUGAAUGUCGCCACGAGGACGUGCCGAGCAGGGAGCUUCAUGGAUUAUAGAGAUAAAAUAGAGGGAUGAUUCAGUAUCAGUUUGUUUUUAUCAAGACAUUUUUCAGACAGAUUUUGCUUUAUUAAGAAAGAGAUGUCCAUCUUCUGAGAAAAACCAACGCACACACAAAUGAGUGUUUGUAUUAAGAUUGACCCUAAAGUAGUUACAUUUAAUUUUAGCUUUUAUUUAAUAUAACAGUAUAACUCUAUAGUGCAGUCGGUGGUGAUAAUUCAAACUUGAACCUUUUAAAAUUUCAAAUACAAACAGCCGUAAAGUGCAUCAGACAGUUGGAAGUACUUACCAAGUUGUCCAGUAGAGGGCGCUGUAUCCAUGUCCAGUGACGUUGUUACGUUGUCAGUGAUGGUAACAUUACGGUAACGUUACCAUCGAGAGACGUCUCUAAAGUUAUCAUAACAUUUUUUCAUUAAUUUCUUUACAUUGAAUGAAUAAAUGAAAUAAAUGCAUAUAUUUGUUACAUGCUGCAGACUGUAUUAUGGUUUAGUGUGGUUUUGUCAGAUGGUAUUUGAUGGUGUAAUUAUACUGUAAUGUCAUAUAAACAUUUUUUUCCUCCAAAAUCUUUGCUAAAUUAGAUUUUUCAAUCUCAUAUGAAAAUGAGAUUUCACCCUGUAAUUCUGAAAUAUACAGUUUAUUAGAUUUUAUUCCAUAGUUUUACAAAUGCAUACAAAUUUAAAAUGGAUGCAGAAAUACAUACAUUUGUAUUUUAGUGAAGGAUCAGAUGCUAAACAGUUUUUUUUCCUUUAUCUGACAGAAAGUGUAUUAUUAGUAUUACUUCACAGAUCUUCUAGAGAAUAUUUUUAAUCUGAUUGUUGAAGGUUUUUCUGUCUUAGGAGCCAUUACUCAUAAACACUUUUAUUUUGAAACGUCACGUCACACCCUUUUAUAAAGGGCUUCUUUUUGUUUUUAUUCUGAAAGAAGCUGCAUGUAUCUGUACGUUAUGAUUCUUUACUGAUUUCACUAAAAAAACAUUGAAAUCGGA